UUAUUUACACAUACACUUACACAAAUUUAAUUUAUAUUCUAAAUACAAGAAAAUUCAUGGCUCAUGACUGUCCCCUGGAUAAAGAUCAACUAGGAUUUCAUUCUUGGAAUUUACUUCAUACUAUGGCGGCUUAUUAUCCGGAAAACCCUUCCGAAAGGCUGAAGCAAGAUAUGGAAACAUUUUUUUUGUUAAUUGGGCGUCUAUAUCCAUGUGAAACUUGUGCUCGCGAUUUUGCCCAAUUAAUCGAUUCUAAACCUCCAGAUACUAGUUCUCAAUCAGCUUUGUCGAGGUGGCUAUGUUGGGUGCAUAAUCAAAUCAACACAAAAUUAGGAAAACCAUUAUUUGAUUGCAGCAGAGUUAAUGAAAGAUGGCGAGAUGGAUGGAAUGACGGAAGUUGUGAUUAACAUUUUUACAUAGUCGCUUUAAUUUUUUAAUUGGCGAAAAAAUUGUAUAAAUAAA